AUGAUAGGUGCCACGUCCUUCUUGAACCACUCCGGACCUCGACCGCCGCGAUACCGCACUCCGUCUCCUCCGCGACGCGCCGUGGAGCCUAUCUCUCCUUUCACAACCACCGACUUUCGUGCCUCGUGGAUUGACCGCGGGGGCCCGCAAGCUGCGAGCUCUGGUCGCGAUCGGAACACAUUGAACAAUGAUGUCUAUUCGAACACAAAUCGGGGAUCUCAUGGCCGAACCAGCCAUGGUCGCUCCAGCUCCACGAUUGACACUCUCGCGACAAUCGCCCUAGCGACCAGUCCUACUUUUGCGCCUCUCUCGUACAGACCUCCUUCUCAAGACCCAACGCCUGCCAUGUCACUCUUCCCUUCCCAGUCCAUUGAAAGUUCAGAACGUCCAGCCAAGCGACCGCGGUCGGAGAAAAGUCCAUCUCCCUUACACCACCCACCGUCAGCCGUCGCGCCGGAUGCAAACCCUUCCUCCACCUUCGACAGCAUGAAAACCGACGCUGAACUUCUUCUAAAUUUCGCGAGACCAAGCAACUUCCACCCUGCCGCUUUCUACCCCUCGAAGCGGGUGAGCAUUGAUGAGUCGUACCAUCCUCAUUACGGCGAGGAACCGAAGAGUUACUUUCGGGCUGGUCUCGGAAGCACAUAUACUCUGCCAGAUGACGAGAAAUCCGCGUAUCGCACUUCCGCAAAUACAGCAUUUCCAUCAUCUCGGAUGAGAUCUCAGUCGGACGGUUCGGCCUUCAUUUCUCGACCGGUCAUUCAGGGAGUACGGCCCAACACAAGCUCUUCUACGCUUCCUCCAAUUGUCUGGCAAGAAGAAGAAGGAAAUGCCAAAACGGGCCCAGGACCUCCAGACACGAGAUUGCCCGGGGCUGAGGCACGAUACGAGAGUUCAGUCUUCACAGGGAUAGAUACCGGUGCUGAUCGGGCAUCAAUGGAUGUGCCUCCCCGGGGAGAUGACGAUACAGAAUCCGACGAGAACAACCAGGCGAACUGCGCCGCCUGUAACCUGGUCCGAAUACCGGUGGAUUCAGAAGAACAAGGGGAUGUCACAUGGAUCAGUUGUGACGGCUGCAAGCAAUGGUUUCAUAUCGUUUGUGCCGGAUUCAAGAAUGAUCGUGAGAUACGGACAGUCGACAAGUUCAUCUGUCGCCGGUGUCGACCGAUCCACGGACAGACAACGUUUGUUCGAAAGUCUUCUCGAGCCCGCACUGCCAUUGAUUAUGCUGGUCUGAACCAGGGCCUUGUCAAGGCCGCCAGCGAUUCCUUGGAACAUCAUUAUAUUGAACCCAUUCGGGAAGGCAAGAUUCGCUUUCUACCGGAAAACUUCCCUCGGAUGAGACCGGAGUUGGUCACUGCCGAAUACUUCGAACGCGGUAGCGGCAUGACAGAGCCAAUCGUUAUUCCAGCACAUCUGAACACCCGUGAUUCCAUUCCAAUCGUCGAUGCUGAAUUCGACGCCCUCGUCCAGCAGGCUACUAGCCGAGAGAUGUUCGAUGAAUUGUUGGAGCACGUCCCAGAGGAGGGCAAGGACUUCGAGACCGUCAUCGACUGCGGCCAAGACCAGUUGGACAUGGUUGUUCCUCAGGGUCUCACUGUCCGAACGGUGGCGGAGCUUUACGGUCCUGAUGAGAGAGUCGAAGUCAUUGACGUCAAAUCCCAGCAGGGCGAAGACAAGAGGUGGAACAUGCAGAAAUGGGCUGACUAUUAUGAGAGCACCGGCUCCAAGGUCGUUCGCAAUGUUAUCAGUUUGGAGGUCUCACAAAGUAAAUUGGGAAGACUGAUACGCCGACCCAAAAUUGAUGCGGCUAUCGGCGAUUAUCCGAAAGUUCAAUUCUACUGCCUCAUGUCUGUCGCAGACUGCUAUACCGAUUUCCACAUCGAUUUCGGCGGUUCUUCGACUUUUUUCUUCAUUCCACCUAAGGACAAGCAUCUGAAGAAAUAUGAAGACUGGUGCAACUCUCCCGCGCAAGACUCCACGUUCCUUGGCGACCAGACUAAGGAGUGCGAUACCAUGUUGAUUCCAUCUGGCUGGAUCCACGCCGUCUGGACUCCCACGAAUAGCCUGGUCAUUGGCGGUAAUUUCUUGACGCGGCUCAACUAUGGAAUGCAGAUCAAGGUUGCCAAGAUCGAAAAAGAUACCAAGAGGAUCCAAUGGUACACCGCGUUGAAAUACCUGGAGGACGAUCCUAUUCCUCAAAGCGAUGAAAACUUCCGAUUUCACAGAGCCUAUCCUAUCUACUACGAAUUCGGGGAGCGCGAAAAUAAGGCGCCUGCCGGGGAUCCAUAUCACAAUUCUCGAUUCUACUCCCAGGCCGAACUUGAGGGACUUCCAGAUCUUGCCAAGUACCUGCUCCGGACAGCAUUAAUUGCCAUGACGAUAGAUGCUAGGAACGCUGGCCAAGGAGACCCACUUGACACAGUGAGAAAGUUUGGAAUCUGGGCUCCGCAAUGGACACGCCCUGGUGUGAAGAAGCCGGCAGGGCGGCCUAGCCGUCGAUCAGAGCGAAAUGCAGAAGGGCAGCGCAUGUACGCAGAACGGCAAGCUGUACAGCGGCCACUAGAACAACCUCCGGAUUUGACCAAUGGUCUUUCCAGUGAAGAAAGCUCUUCUGCGCCUUCAACCGUUGAGAUCCCUCAGCCUAUCGUUACGAAAGAACUGAAGGAAGAAAUGGGUCAGAAACCUCGAUCUAUACAUCGCAGCUCUGGAUUGGGUCCUAAGCGUCGAAGAAUCCGAUGUCGGCAUAAGGAUGAACACAACGACACAAUUUCGGCAAAGCAAACGACGGUUGGAUCUUUCCCUGCAGGGGAUGCCGCAUCGGCAUUGAAUUCAUUGGCGGCCAUUGCGUCUGAAGCAGGCUUUCAGGACGCCGCGAAUGGGUAUGGUCUAGAUCGACUUGAAGCUUCUGGGAAUUAUGGCACUGCCAUCUUGAGCACACCGAAUGCAGCCACCAGCAAAGGUCUCAGCACAGGAAAGAAAGGGCGCAGCAAGGCUUGUGAUGAUUGUCGAAAGAGCAAGCGCCGGUGCAUUCAUGAUGAGUAUGGCAGAAUCGACCCUAUCAAAGCCCAAGAACGAUCGAAGCCCAGGGCGGCAGCCUCUGCCAAGAGGCCUCGUCCUCCGCAGGAGGAAGACGCGGCCUUUACUUUGAAUAAGAGACCGAAGCAGGAAAGCACGUCUCCUGUGGCGAGGCCGGCCAGUCUCUUCAGAGCUGAAGGAGACAGGUCUCAUACGCAGAGGCCGGUUGAUUUGGAAGCUCCCUCAUACUUUGGCACUUCGCACGACCACAAUGGCGUAGCUCAGACAAAUCUAACGUCUACCGAGAGAAAGACCCUCGUGGGGCAGACUUCGUACGCAUCCCCGCCGGCAUUUCAGUCAGAUACGGUCGUUAUGGAGGUCGAUGGGGCAGCCGUAUCGAAGCCAACCGCUUCACUUGUUUCGCCGCCAACUUCUCAGGCAGACGAGACGGACGUGCCUCCCGAGCAGGAUGGGGAGAAAGACAACCAUGUUGUUUAUUACACGCCUACUGCUAGUUCCCGGCAUUCCUCCCGUCAACCACGUCACGUCGACAGGUAUGUGCCCGAAAGCCAGCCAGCCAAGGCCGUGAAGACGACGACGCACACACCGUCUGCAAGACGGGCAUCCUUCAGUGGGCCAACCACCGCUCGUAGAGUUACGCCUGGUGCGCAGGGAAGCUCGAAGAAAUCUGCAUCACGCCCUUCGUCGUCUCAUGCGAAGAAAGGAGUCUCUCCGGCGACGGAGAAGAAGUUUGACCGUAUGAUUACGACUUCAACGUCUCCAGGGCAUAAGGGCGCGAAACGUGAACGCACGGCGAUUGCUGACGAUGAACCUGAUGCGGAGAGUUUACGCUUGAUUCGCGAAUUGCAAGAGCAGGAGUUUGGCUUGCGCAAGCGAACUACGCGAGUGUGA